AUGGAAGCAUUGGAUCCAUCAAGAAAAUCAGGAGAUUAUGGAAUAUGCAGUGCAAUUUUAAUUACAAUUUCAUACUUGUUCAUUAUGAUUACAUUUCCUUUUUCAUUAUUUUUCUGUAUUAAAGUUGUAGCGGAAUAUGAACGAGCAGUUAUAUUUCGAUUAGGACGAAUUCUACCGAAAGGUGCACGUGGACCUGGUCUCUUCUUUAUUGCACCAUGUAUUGAUUCAAUUCGUAAAGUUGAUUUACGAACAGUGACAUUUGAUGUUCCACCUCAAGAAGUUCUUACAAAAGAUUCAGUGAUUGCUGCUGAAGGUGAAGAAAAAUCAUCGGUUGCUUUGAAACAAGCUGCCGACGUUAUAAAAACAUCACCAUUCGCCCUGCAAUUACGUUAUUUACAAACAUUAAGUGCCAUUUCAGCGGAGAAAAAUUCCACCAUAAUAUUUCCUCUACCAAUUGAUAUGUUAGUGAAUUUAUUUCAUCGAUGAAAGAAAGAAACAGGGAAAUUUAAAAAUUUUUUUACAAAAUGACAAACAAACCAUUGAAAUGUAACAAUCAU